AUGGUAGAGAAAGCGUUCCUAGCCUAUCUUUCUUAUGUUCGUGAUACCAGUGUCGAGACUCGUCCACUUGAGUCGGUACCAUUUGUGAGAGAGUUUCCAGAGGUUUUUCUUGUUGAUCUUCCGGGUGUCCCUUCAGACUGGGAUAUUAAUUUUUGUAUCGGUGUAGAGCCAGGCACAAGGACCAUUUCUAUCCCUCCCUAUCUGGUGGCUUCUGUAGAGUUGAAGGAGUUGAAAGAACAGUUGCAAGAUAUAUUAAGCAAAGUGUCUCGUCUAACUAGGUUAUCCCAAAAGGCUGCUCCUUUUCAAUGGUUGGAUGAGUGUGACGCGAGCUUUCAAAAGCUCAAAGCCUUGUUGACUUCAGCUUCCAUUUUGACUCUUCCCAUGGAGGAAGAAGGUUUUACCGUGUAUUUUGAUGCUUCGAGGUUUGUUCUUGGUUGUGUUCUUAUGCAAAAAGGGAAAGUCAUAGCCUAUGUUUCCAGGCAAUUGAAGGUACAUGGGAAGAACUAUCCCGUUCAUGACCUUGAGUUAGCGGCGCUGCCGUUAGCUUUGAAGAUAUAUCGAGAUUCGAAACAACACUACUGGUGGUGUAGCAUGAAGAGUGAUAUUGUGAAGUUUUGGUCUCAUUGCUUGAAUUGUCAAAAAAGUUUGCGUAAGUUUGAUUCCGUUUGGGUGAUUGUGGAUCGUUUGACUAAAUCAGCUCAUUCUAUUCCUGUUCAGACAACUUAUACAUCUGAGAAGCUGGCUAAGAUCUACAUUCCUGAGAUUCUUCAUUUGCAAGUGAGGCCUUGGGGUAUAGACUUACUCAAAGAUUCGUUGGAUAAAGUGAAGAUUAUUAAGGAGAGGCUUCUCACCGCUCAGAGUCGGCAAAAGAGUUACGCGGACCGGAGAGUUCGUGAUUUAGUGUUUAGGGUGGGUGAUCGGGUUUUGCUUAAUGUUACAUCCAUGAAUGGUGUGAUGCGGUUUGGAAAGAAAGGAAAGUUUAGUCCUCGUUACAUUGGCCCUUUUGAGAUUAUUCAGAGAGUUGGAGAUAUUGUGUAUGAGUUAGCACUACCUCCUGGUUUGUCGAGUGUUUAUCUGGUGUUUCAUGUUUCUAUGCUCAAAAAGUAUGUUUCGGAUGGUUCUCAUGUGAUUAGAUGGGAUUCAGUGAUGCUUGAUCAUAACCUGUCUUAUGAGGAGGAGCCGGCUGCUAUCUUGGAUCGGCCGAUUCGCAAGUUGAGAUCCAAGGAAAUUACUUCUGUGAAGGUUCAGUGGAGAGGUCGUUCGGUGGAGGAGGCUACUUGGGAGACUGAGGUGGAUAUGUGGCCAUGGUACCCUUGA